AUGACAGCCCAGAUCGGCUUCCUGUGGGACCUUGGCCCUGUCUCCCCACAGCUGGGGCCAGGCAGGCGCUGCUGGGUAAAAUUAGAAGCAGCUCACAACCUCCUGUGGCUUAGGAACCAGGGAGCCAGGUUGCCCCUGCGGAGCCUCCUCUCCCUGAGCCUGCUGGCCCUCCUGCUCUGGCCGGGGGCAACGAACCCAGGAGAGGUGACGGUGGUAGGCCCUGGGGAGGCCGUGCUGGCCCUCGUCGGGGAGGAGGUGGAGUUCCCGUGCCAUGUGUCGUCCUACCUGAACGCCGAGCACAUGGAGAUCCGCUGGUUCCGCGGCCAGGCCUCCGACGUGGUCCACCUGUACCAGGGGCGGCAGGCGCUCCCGGGCCCGCAGAUGGCGCAGUUCCGGAACAGGACCUCGCUGGUCCUGGACGAGCUCGCCUACGGCACCGUGAGCCUGCAGCUGCACCGCGUGGUCCCCGCCGACCAGGGGCCCUACGGCUGGCGCCUCCGCUCCAGCAACCGCUCCGCGGAAGCCAUCUGGCAGCUGGAAGUGGCAGGGCUGGGCUCAGACCCUCACCUGUCCCUCGAGGGCUUCACGGGAGGCGGCCUGCAGCUGAGGUGCAGGUCCAGUGGCUGGUACCCAGAGCCCAAGGCCCAGUGGACAGACCCGCAGGGACGAUGCCUGCCUCCGGAGUCGGAAGCCAUCACCCAGGACGCCCUGGGCCUGUUCAGCCUGGAGACGUCCGUGGUGGUCCCAGAGGGAGCCCACCGCAACGUGUCCUGCUCCAUCCAGAACCCCCUGCUGGUCCAGAAGAAGGAGCUGGUGGUCCAGAUCGCAGACGCGUUUCUGCCGGGACCCUCCCCCUGGAGGAGGGCUUUCCUGGGGACCCUGGUGGCCCUGCUGCUCCUCCUGGCGCUCCUGGUCAAGCUGGCGCUGCACUUCUUCAGGAAGCAACGGAGGGCCCGAGAGGCGCUGCGGACGCGGGCGGAGAAGGAGAAAGGGAGACUCGCGGCAGAGCUGGAGAAGCUUCAGACAGAGCUCGACUGGAGAAGGGCCGAAGGCCAGGCUGAGUGGAGAGCAGCCCGGCAACACGCAGUGGACGUGACCCUGGAUCCGGCCUCGGCGCACCCCAGCCUGGAGGUGUCGGCAGACUGCAGGAGCGUGUCCUCCCGCGCGGCGCCGGGGGCCUCGGAGCAGCAGCAGCUCAGGGCCGUGAGCACAGUCCGCCCCCAGAACUGGCUUCGGAGCACAGUUUUCCAUGGCAAGGAAUCAGGUUCCUUGAGAAAUCCCGGCCUCAUAGCUGGGGAGGGGAAUCAGGAUGGAGCUAAGAGUUUGUGGUCAAACGUCUCGGGUGGGACCGUGGGACCGUGA